AGCCGGUGAUCCAGCUAACAGCAGGAGGAAGACCAAAUUCGGCAACAAAGGAUGGCCGCAACCAAGGACUACGACGCCGCGGCCGCGCUGGCCGUGUUCCACGAGUCCCGAACCGGCGUCCGCGGGCUCGUCGAGUCCAGCGCCACCGCGGUGCCUCCAGUCUUCCUCACGGCCGCCACGCCGUCGCCGCAGUCCCCGGGGACUACGGCGUUCGCCAUCCCGGUCGUUGACCUCUCCCUCCCGCGCUCGGACACCGCGGCGCUCGUCCGCGCCGCGUCACGCUCCUGCGGCUUCUUCCACGUCAUCAACCACGGCGUCCCGGCCGGCGUCGUCGACUCCGCGGUCUCCGCGGCCAGGGCGUUCCACGAGCAGCCCCGCGCCGCCCGGUCGUCGCUCUACUCCCUCGAGCCGGUCGGGGCCGUCGCCUACUCCACCAUCCCCAACGCGCCGGAGCAGGGCGCGCCUCCCCUCCCAUGGCGCGACACGCUCCGUGUCCGCUUCGGCCCAGGGGAGGCCCCCGACCUCGGCUGCCUCCCCGCGGCCUGCCGGGACGCGCUGAAGGAGUACCAGCGCUCGUUGACGGAGUUCGGGAAGGAGAUGGCCGGGCUGCUAUCGGAAGCGCUCGGUGUCGGGACGGAGCGGCUGGAGCAGGCGAUGCAGGUGGAAGGCUGGCUCAUGGUGUGCCACUACUAUCCGCCGUGUCCGGAGCCGGCGCGGGUGGUGGGCAGCCUUGAGCACACCGACCCCAGCUUGUUCACGGUGCUGGCACAGGACGGAGUCGGAGGGCUGCAGGUCCGGCGCGACGACGGCAAUGGUGGCGGUGGAGAGUGGGUAGACGUGGCGCCGGUCACCGGCGCGCUUCUGGUCAAUAUCGGUGACGUGCUCAAGGUGGUUUCCAAUGAUGAAUUAAAGAGCGUGGAGCACAGGGUGGUAAUCAAAUCCACACAAGAUGCCAGGGUCUCCAUUGCCCUCUUCUUCAAUCCUGCCAAACGUGACAAGUCCGACCUUUUUGGACCUCUCCCGGAGCUGGUGACAGCAGAAAAGCCCGCACGGUACCGGAGUUUCACAGUGCAGCAGUUCAUGAGUUCAAGAAGGGAACACGGUCAUAGCAGAUCGUCCAUCGAACAAUUCAAGGUGAGCUCGAGUCAAUAGUCUGGAGGGAUGUUGAUGAGUUUGGUGAUGAAGCAAGCAUAUGCUUGCACUUGUAUGUCUGUAAGGAUAAUGUCCGGUUAAUUUCCUUGCGCAAGGAAAUGAAUAAGAUUUACUUUUUAGUAUUGUAAAUAUGUGCACUAUCAGACAAGACAAGCAGCAGCUAAGCUCA